CAGACAAUACUCCUUUGACGUGGCUUGCUAAACUCAAGUCUAUUGGGAAAUUUGAGCAACCGAAAGUAGGCGUACCAGCAGUCCAAGAUGUCGAAAGGAUUAUUCCUCAAAAGAAUUCCUCUCUAAAUUAACUUUAGCGAUAUAAAUCAACUACCUGCUCAACUAUUUCAAGUGGAGACAUGCAAUGUGUGAACUGAUAUUGAAAGAAAUUUAAUCUUGGUCUCCAAGAAUCAGAAUGUUCUACCAACAAACCUGAAGACCAAAACAACUGAUGAGGAAAUCUAAAGUGCUUCAUAUUAAUUACCUCAACCAACCACGUUGAUGAACUGACCCUCUACUAGCAUACACAGAUGAUUUCACUGUGGUUUGCUGAUUCUUCUUUCUGGACUCCCUGCUCUCAAGUUUAAACCUACAGAGCUUGACGGCAUCACUCUGUCCAGAGAAAACCAAUGUGUCUAACAAUCCAGUACUUUAUCUAAUGUGUUGAAGAAGAGUUUAUGAAGUCUGGAGAAGAAACAUUUGCCUCUGCUUUCAAAUCAACCUCUCUUGCACCUUAUGUAAACAUGAUCAAUUUUGGGAUUGUUUUAUUAAUUGUUACUACGUUGAAUUUCAAACUGUGUUUCAGUGCGUGUGCUCGUGCUGAGUAUGAGAUAAAUGGAGAAUGCUGCCCCAUGUGUGCACCAGGAAACCGUGUUCGUUGGCAUUGUACUGAAGAUACAAGUACAACUUGUGUUCCAUGUUCUGCAUUAACUUACAUUGAUGAACCCAGUGGGUUAGAUAAAUGCUUUCCCUGCUCUGUUUGUGAUGACCAACAAGGACUAAGAGUAAAGAGAAGCUGCACACGCUCUACAGAUACUGUUUGUGAGCCACUGGAAGGAUUCUACUGCAUUCAGCAAAACAAAGGCAGCUGUAGAUUCGCUGUCAAACACUCUGAAUGUGAUCCUGGACAAUAUAUCAGACAAGCAGGAACAGCAUUUACUGAUACUGAUUGUGGUAACUGUACUGAAGGCACUUACUCUAAUGGGUCUUUCACAACCUGUCAACCACAUUCAAUAUGUGAGACUAAAGGCCUUAAAGAAAUAAAACCAGGAACAAUGUCAUCCGAUGUGGAAUGUGGAAAAUCAGUUCCAGUUAGUAUCAUCAUUGGAGUCGUUGUAAUCAUUGGUGUUUUGGUUACUGCUGUUGUUGGGAUCAAAAUAUAUUGCAAUUUAAAACAGAAAAAACAACCCCCUGACAGAGAUACAAAUGACUCAUUACCAAUACAAGAGAGUAAUCCCACUGUGGCGGAAGAGAGACCAACACCGGAGGGUGCCUGUGAACCAGUAGACCUAAGUCAAAAUGAAGCUAAAUCACCAGACUCUAUGACUUCUUUUAUAACCAGAAAUAGUAGUGAUAUUAAUGACUCUGAACCUUCUACCACAUUGCUCUAUAAAGUAGAAAAAUCUCCAAAUCACAUUCAGAACAAGCUUCACAGCAGAAUACAGACAUCAGAUCUCUCUUUCCCUUACCAUCCAAAGGAUUCUGAUCUGGAAUCGAAAGCUGACGUGAUCCUGACAAAGGAAAAGUAUUCAGCGCAAAACACUAUAGUGACUUUAUAAAGUGUGUACAUAAUUAUAAAGAUAUAUAUUCAAUUAAA